AGAGCCUCGGUGGUUUGCAGCGGUGGAACCAGGCAGGCCCAGUUGUGGGUAGGAGAGGCGGUCACCUGUUGAGGCCUCCCCCCGCAUCGCCCUGCCCUGGCAGAGCCCAGCCCCCAGUCCCCGGGGAGCGCGCCUGCGGACGGACGGACGGACGGACGGACAGACCUAGGGACAGAGGGCCAGGGGUAGGGGAGAUCCAAGAGGCCCCGCGCUGGAAUGCAGUUUUCUCGGGCGAGGGAGACUUUGCACCGGAGUGGAAAAUAGUUUGGGGUGGGGUUUCGCACCGUCCCCUCCUCCCCAGCCCCGGGCCCCCUCCCAGGCGCUUUCUGGGAGCUUUUAGAACUGCGCUCUGAAGUUUCCAGAGAGCGAGGAGCUUUUGCGGCAGGCAGAGACAAUGGAAGAAAAUGAAAGCCAGAAAUGUGAGCCGUGCCUUCCUUACUCAGCAGACAGAAGACAGAUGCAGGAACAAGGCAAAGGCAAUCUGCAUGUAACAUCACCAGAAGAUGCAGAAUGCCGCAGAACCAAGGAACGCCUUUCUAAUGGAAACAGUCGUGGUUCACUUUCCAAGUCUUCCCGCAAUAUCCCAAGGAGACACACCCUAGGGGGGCCCCGAAGUUCCAAGGAAAUACUGGGAAUGCAAACAUCUGAGAUGGAUCGGAAGAGAGAAGCAUUCCUAGAACAUCUGAAGCAGAAGUAUCCCCACCACGCCUCUGCAAUCAUGGGUCACCAAGAGAGGCUGAGAGACCAGACAAGGAGCCCCAAACUGUCUCACAGUCCUCAACCACCCAGUCUGGGUGACCCGAUCGAGCAUUUAUCAGAGACAUCUGCUGAUUCUUUGGAAGCCAUGUCUGAGGGGGAUGCUCCAACCCCUUUUUCCAGAGGCAGCCGGACUCGCGCGAGCCUUCCCGUGGUGAGGUCAACCAACCAGACGAAAGAAAGAUCUCUGGGGGUUCUCUAUCUCCAGUAUGGAGAUGAAACCAAGCAGCUCAGGAUGCCGAAUGAAAUCACAAGUGCAGACACAAUCCGUGCUCUCUUCGUAAGUGCCUUUCCACAGCAGCUCACCAUGAAAAUGCUGGAAUCGCCCAGUGUCGCCAUUUACAUCAAAGAUGAAAGCAGAAAUGUCUAUUAUGAAUUAAAUGAUGUAAGGAACAUUCAAGACAGAUCACUCCUCAAAGUGUACAACAAGGAUCCUGCACAUGCGUUUAAUCACACACCAAAAACUAUGAAUGGAGACAUGAGGAUGCAGAGAGAACUUGUUUAUGCAAGAGGAGAUGGCCCUGGGGCCUCUCGCCCCGGAUCUACUGCUCAUCCACCCCAUGCGAUUCCAAAUUCCCCACCGUCUACUCCGGUGCCCCAUUCCAUGCCCCCCUCCCCGUCCAGAAUUCCUUAUGGGGGCACCCGCUCCAUGGUUGUUCCUGGCAAUGCCACCAUCCCCAGGGACAGAAUCUCCAGCCUGCCAGUCUCCAGACCCAUCUCUCCAAGCCCAAGCGCCAUUUUAGAAAGAAGAGAUGUCAAGCCGGAUGAAGACAUGAGUGGCAAAAACAUCGCAAUAUACAGAAAUGAGGGUUUCUAUGCUGAUCCUUACCUUUAUCACGAGGGACGGAUGAGCAUAGCUUCGUCCCAUGGUGGACACCCACUGGAUGUCCCUGACCACAUCAUUGCAUAUCACCGCACUGCCAUCCGGUCAGCGAGUGCUUAUUGUAACCCCUCAAUGCAAGCGGAAAUGCAUAUGGAACAAUCACUGUACAGACAGAAAUCAAGGAAAUAUCCAGAUAGCCAUUUGCCUACACUGGGCUCCAAAACACCCCCUGCCUCUCCUCACAGAGUCAGUGACCUGAGGAUGAUAGACAUGCACGCUCACUAUAAUGCCCACGGGCCCCCUCACACCAUGCAGCCAGACCGGGCCUCGCCGAGCCGCCAGGCCUUUAAAAAGGAGCCAGGCACCUUGGUGUAUAUAGAAAAGCCACGGAGCGCUGCAGGAUUAUCCAGCCUUGUGGACCUUGGCCCUCCUUUAAUGGAAAAGCAAGUUUUUGCUUACAGCACGGCGACAAUACCCAAAGACAGAGAGACCAGCGAGAAAAUGAUGAAAACCACAACCAACAGGAACCACACAGAUAGUGCAGGAACGCCCCAUGUGUCUGGUGGGAAGAUGCUCAGUGCUCUGGAGUCCACGGUGCCUCCCAGCCAGCCUCCACCUGUGGGCACCUCGGCCAUCCACAUGAGCCUGCUUGAGAUGAGGCGGAGCGUGGCGGAACUCAGGCUCCAGCUCCAGCAGAUGCGGCAGCUCCAGCUGCAGAACCAGGACCUGCUGAGGGCGAUGAUGAAGAAGGCCGAGCUGGAAAUCAGUGGCAAAGUGAUGGAAACAAUGAAGAGACUGGAGGAUCCGGUGCAGCGACAGCGCGUCCUAGUGGAGCAGGAGAGACAAAAAUAUCUUCAUGAGGAAGAGAAGAUCGUCAAGAAGUUGUGCGAGUUGGAAGACUUUGUUGAAGACAUGAAGAAGGAGUCCACGGCGGCCAGCCGAUUGGUUACGCUGAAAGACGUGGAAGACGGGGCUUUCCUCCUGCGUCAAGUGGGAGAAGCUGUAGCUACCCUGAAAGGAGAAUUUCCAACCUUACAAAACAAGAUGCGAGCCAUCCUGCGCAUAGAAGUGGAGGCCGUGCGGUUUCUGAAGGAGGAGCCACACAAGCUGGACAGUCUCCUGAAGCGUGUGCGCAGCAUGACAGACGUCCUGACCAUGCUGCGGAGACAUGUCACCGAUGGGCUCCUGAAAGGCACGGACGCAGCCCAAGCUGCACAGUACAUGGCUAUGGAAAAGGCCACGGCUGCAGAAGUCCUGAAGAGCCAGGAGGAGGCAGCCCACACCUCCGGCCAGCCCUUCCACAGCACACGUGCCCCUGGUGAUGCGAAGUCGGAAGUGGUGCCUUUGUCCGGCAUGACGGUUCACCACGCUCAGAGCUCCCCUGUGGUCAUCCAGCCCUCCCAGCACUCCGUGGCCCUGCUGAACCCUGCUCAGAACUUGCCUCACGUGGCCAGCUCCCCAGCCAUCCCCCACGAAGCAACCUCCACCCUGCAGACGUCGCAGGCUCCGCACUCCCCACAGAUGCCCAUGAAUGGGUCUGCCAUGCAGAGCUUGUUCAUUGAAGAAAUCCACGGUGUGAGUGCCAAGAACAGGGCAGUGUCUAUCGAGAAAGCAGAAAAGAAAUGGGAGGAAAAAAGGCAAAAUCUGGACCACUAUAAUGGGAAAGAGUUUGAGAAGCUCCUAGAAGAAGCUCAGGCCAAUAUCAUGAAGUCAAUACCAAAUCUGGAGAUGCCACCAGCCGCAGGCCCACUGCCAAGGGGAGAUGCCCCAGUGGACACGGUGGAACUUUCAGAAGAUUCUCCAAAUUCAGAACAGGACUUGGAAAAGCUGGGGGGAAAGUCGCCCCCUCCUCCUCCGCCACCUCCUCGUCGAAGCUACCUGCCAGGAUCGGGACUCACCACCACGAGGUCAGGCGAUGUGGUCUACACCGGCAGAAAGGAGAACAUCACCGCUAAGGCAAGCAGUGAAGAUGCUGGACCGAGCCCACAGACCAGAGCCACAAAAUGUCCAGCAGAGGAGCCUGCUUCAGCCUGGACCCCAUCCCCACCCCCUGUCACCACCUCCUCCUCAAAGGAUGAAGAGGAAGAAGAAGAAGAAGGAGACAAAAUAAUGGCAGAACUCCAGGCAUUCCAGAAGUGUUCCUUUAUGGAUGUAAAUUCAAACAGUCACGCUGAGCCAUCCCGGGCUGACAGUCACGUUAAAGACAGUAGGUCGGGCGCCACAGUGCCACCCAAGGAGAAGAAGAAUUUGGAAUUUUUCCAUGAAGAUGUACGGAAAUCUGAUGUUGAAUAUGAAAAUGGCCUCCAAAUGGAAUUCCGAAAGGUUACCACAGGGGCUCUAAGACCUAGUGACCCUCCUAAGUGGGAAAGAGGAAUGGAGAAUAGUAUUUCUGAUGCAUCAUCAAGAACAUCAGAAUAUAAAACUGAGAUCAUAAUGAAGGAAAAUUCCAUAUCCAAUAUGAGUUUACUCAGAGACAGUAGAAACUAUUCCCAGAAAACUGUGCCUAAGGCCAAUUUCAGUUUCUCUGGCAUUAGUUCAUUAGAAGAUGAAAUAAACAAAGGGUCUAAAAUCUCGGGCCUGCAAUACUCUGUACCUGACACCGAGAACCAGAAGCUGAAUUACGGAAAGACAAAGGAGAUGGAAAAGCAAAAUACGGAUAAGUGUCACAUUUCCUCUCACACUAGAUUAACAGAAUCAAGUGUGCAUGAUCUUAAAACAGAAGAUCAAGAGGUUAUCAUGACAGAUUUUGGCCAAGUUGUUCUAAGACCCAAGGGGGCAAGGCAUGCUAACGUGAACCCUAAUGAGGAUGGAGAAUCAAGUUCAAGUUCUCCCACUGAAGAAAAUGCAGCCACUGACAAUAUUGCCUUCAUGAUUACCAAAACCACUGUCCAGGUUCUUUCCAGUGGGGAGGUGCAUGAUAUUGUUAGCCAAAAGGGAGAAGACAUACAGACAGUUAAUAUCGAUGCCAGGAAAGAGUUGACCCCCCGGCAAGAAGGGACUGACAAUGAGGAGCCAGUCGUGUGCCUGGACAAGAAACCAGUGAUCAUCAUUUUCGACGAGCCCAUGGACAUCCGGUCUGCAUAUAAGAGACUUUCAACUAUCUUUGAGGAAUGUGAUGAGGAGUUAGAGAGAAUGAUGACGGAGGAAAAGAUAGAGGAGGAGGAAGAGGAGGAAAAUGGAGAUUCUGUAGUCCAGAAUCAUGACACCUCCCAGAUGUCUCAUAAGAAGGUGGCCCCGGGCAAUCUUAGAACUGGACAACAGGUGGAAACAAAGUCACAGCCACACUCCCUGGCCACAGAGACCAGAAUCCCAGGAGGACAGGAAAUGAACAGAAUGGAGCUGAACAAGUUCAGCCACGUGGAUUCUCCAAAUUCGGAAUGCAAGGGUGAUGACACGACCGAUGACCAGUUUGAAAGCCCCAAGAAAAAGUUUAAAUUCAAAUUCCCUAAGAAGCAACUCGCCGCUCUCACUCAAGCCAUUCGCACUGGAACUAAAACAGGGAAGAAGACUUUGCAAGUGGUCGUCUAUGAAGAAGAGGAAGAGGAUGGCACCCUGAAACAGCACAAAGAAGCCAAGCGCUUCGAAAUCGCUAGGUCUCAACCUGAAGACACCCCUGAAAACAUGGUGAGGAGGCAAGAGCAGCCCAGCAUCGAGAGUACAUCUCCGAUUUCAAGAACUGAUGAAAUCAGAAAAAACACCUACAGAACAUUGGAUAGCCUGGAGCAGACCAUUAAACAGCUCGAAAAUACAAUCAGUGAGAUGAGUCCCAAAGCCCUAGUUGAUACCUCAUGUUCUUCCAACAGAGAUUCUGUUGCAAGUUCAUCCCACAUAGCCCAAGAGGCCUCUCCCCGACCCUUGCUAGUUCCGGAUGAAGGCCCCACUGCCCUAGAGCCCCCUACGUCGAUACCUUCAGCUUCACGUAAGGGCUCCAGCGGGGCCCCACAGACGAGCAGGAUGCCUGUCCCCAUGAGUGCCAAGAACAGACCCGGAACCCUGGACAAACCCGGCAAGCAGUCCAAACUGCAGGAUCCCCGCCAAUAUCGUCAGGCUAAUGGAAGUGCUAAGAAAUCUGGUGGGGACUUUAAGCCUACUUCCCCCUCCUUACCUGCUUCUAAGAUUCCAGCCCUUUCUCCCAGCUCUGGGAAAAGCAGUUCUCUGCCCUCUUCUAGUGGUGACAGCUCUAACCUCCCUAAUCCACCUGCUACUAAACCAUCGAUUGCUUCUAACCCUCUCAGCCCCCAAACAGGACCACCUGCUCACUCUGCCUCCCUCAUCCCUUCUGUCUCUAAUGGCUCUUUGAAGUUUCAGAGCCUCACUCAUACAGGUAAAGGUCACCAUCUUUCAUUCUCACUGCAGAGUCAAAAUGGCCGAGCACCCCCUCCUUUGUCAUUUUCCUCCUCCCCUCCUUCUCCCGCCUCCUCCGUCUCACUGAAUCAAGGUGCCAAGGGCACCAGGACCAUCCAUACUCCCAGCCUCACCAGCUACAAGGCACAGAAUGGAAGUUCAAGCAAAGCCACCCCAUCCACAGCAAAAGAAACCUCUUAAAGGUCAAAUCCUAUUAGGCACAAGUCGGAGUUACAUUUAAAAAAAAAUUAACAGUCUACAACAACUGUUUUCACAAGAGAAUGUAACAUAUUGCUGUAUUGUUUGAGGCUUAAUGCUAAGUAUGUGCUAAAUACGGGAUUAAUAGAUUUCAGUAAAGCUCGUUCGUUUUGUUUGGUUUUCUUUUUACCUAGUUGCUAUAGUGUCUACUGUCUAUACUCAAUCCCUAUAAAAUGCAGUAAGCAUGUGUUACAAAAAGAGGUUCUGGCGGGAGAGAAAGGUGCGUGUGAGACAGGAGAAUUGUCUUAAGCAUAUAAAACAUGUAUGAUUCCAGAAUUUUAGUAUGUUUUGUAUAAAACUAUUUUUCAUUACGGAGACUAGAAGUGAACAGAGAAUUACACAAGUGUGACUAUACAAAUUGUAAAACAGAUACUAUAAUAUUUCCUUUUAUUUUAGUGUUAUUUAGCUUUAUUACAGAUUUCUAUUUUUGUCAAAACUUCAUGGUUCCUUUCAAGAUCUUUUUUGCCAAAACAUUUUGAUACUAUAGCGUUGUACAUUUGAAAGUAGUGUGCUAGACUAUAAACCAAUGACCUUCUACAUGAGCCCUACAGACAGGCAUGUGUAGAAGGCAAUUUAUCAAACCUAUUGCACUGCCAUGAAAAGUAUGUAUAAUAAUUUGCUAGCCCAAGCAAGCUAGUUUUCUUUGCUUGCUUCUUUUCUUUCUUUUUUCCUUCCUUUUUUUUGUUUUUUUUUUUCUUUUUUAACAUGUUGAGAUUCUCUAGUUGUUUUCUUUGGCAUAUCUAACCCCUUCUUUUGUUUUCUGAGACCUGGUAACCCACGCUCUUGCAUUGUGGAUUUUAAAAUGUACACUCUGUACGGUUCUGUAAACCGAAAAACUUUUGUAAAUAUAUAAAUAUACAUAGACAUUAAAAUACUGUAUGUGACAGCACAUAGAGUAGUUUUCCCACACCAAAGUUAAUUUUUAUGCAUGCUUUAAAAGUAUAUAUCGGGACCGGCAGAAAUGGAAGUAUCCAUACAUUUUUAAAAAGCAACAAGUUUGCACAGCUAGAGUGUUUUUGUAAAUAAAUGUAUUUGUAUAACACAGUCAUGUAAUAUACAGAACUAUAAGCAGAGACUUUGCAAAACUAAAUAAAGGGCUGCAUGCUUAUUAUUUUUUGUACCUUGUCACUAUAACUACUUCCUAGUCAAAGAACGAAAUGUAACUGUUACCGAGUUAAAUGGUUUUUCCACUUUGAGGGAUGUAACCACAUCCAUUCAGAGGACACUACUUUUCUGAAAGCUCUGGGGUGACUAAUGAUGAGUUCCUAAUAAAUUAAUUGCAAGUGUGGUGCCUUGGAUGUGACCUGUUGGCUCGCUCUCUUCCCUGUGGCUUAUGAAGGUGUGGAUGACAGAAAGCAAACCUGGAUACAAAGUUUCCACCCCCAGUUCCUGGAGGGGCUCUUAUUAUUUUCUCUCUUUUUAAAAAACUUCCAGUAGAAGUAAAGUGGAAAUAAAAUGUCUUUAUCA